AUGCACCAAAGAGGAGUCUCUGGGCACGCUAAGCCUCAUUUGGCAUCAGUGGGUCUCCCCAGCCGAACCUUUAGUCCUCCGCUUUGGACCACAACGACUCUGCACUUCAUCGUCGAGGCAGUCGCCCUCGCAACCGAAAUAGCGCCCUCUUUCCUUGCUUUCCUUACCUCCGAUCGAGCAAGCGGCCGACACCACAUGAGAAGCGAGAACGCGGCUACCCGACGCGAUACUUAA